UCGAUAAGACCGAUAUUUUGAAAACAUCGAUGACAUCGUUGUGGGCAUCGAUGUUUCCCCACCACUAAAACAACGAUGUUGGGAAACGAAACGAACAAGCUGCUGCUCUCCUCGCAGCAGGAAAAACCCAAUCACUACACCUACCUGAAGGAGUUCCGCGUGGAGCAGUGCCAGUCCUUUUUGCAGCACAAGUGCAACCAGCAUCGCCCCUUCGUCUGCUUCAAUUGGCAUUUUCAAAACCAGCGUCGGCGUCGCCCCGUGCGAAAACGCGAUGGAACUUUCAACUACAGCGCGGAUAACUAUUGCACCAAAUAUGACGAAACCACGGGCAUAUGUCCCGAGGGCGACGAAUGCCCCUUCUUACACCGCACUGCAGGAGACACCGAAAGGCGCUACCACCUGCGCUACUAUAAGACAUGCAUGUGCGUACACGACACCGACAGCCGAGGAUACUGCGUCAAGAAUGGACUACACUGCGCCUUUGCCCACGGAAUGCAGGACCAGCGCCCACCGGUCUACGAUAUCAAAGAACUGGAGACCUUGCAGAACGCCGAGAGCACUCUAGACAGCACUAAUGCUCUAAAUGCCUUGGACAAGGAGCGCAAUCUGAUGAACGAGGACCCCAAGUGGCAGGACACCAACUACGUGCUGGCCAACUACAAAACAGAGCCAUGCAAGCGCCCACCGCGCCUCUGCCGCCAGGGAUACGCCUGUCCACAGUACCACAACAGCAAAGACAAGCGUCGCUCGCCUAGGAAGUACAAGUAUAGGUCCACUCCUUGCCCCAAUGUGAAGCACGGCGAAGAAUGGGGCGAGCCGGGCAACUGUGAGGCCGGCGACAACUGCCAGUACUGCCACACACGCACCGAACAGCAGUUCCAUCCGGAGAUCUACAAGUCGACCAAAUGCAACGACGUCCAGCAGGCCGGCUACUGUCCGCGCAGCGUCUUCUGCGCCUUUGCCCAUGUGGAACUGGCCGGGGAGAAGAUGCGGAAUCAAGAGAUAUCACUGAGCGAGUUUAUUUCCCAUGCCUUGCCCGACCUAAAGGCCCAGGAUGUGUUUCAGAGGGGCGACAAUUUGUUAAACAUUGAUGGUAAUAGUACCAAUAAAAUGUUGGUAGAUGCUUUGGAAAACACAACAAGUCCCAGCAAAUUUUUAAGUUUCUCACGACCUAUGGAUAGUCGUUCUUGCUCACUGGACGAUCCGCGCGAGAACUCAUUGUCGGCGAGUCUGGCAAAUACUAGCUUAUUAACACGUUCCUCGGCGCCAAUUAACAUUCCUAAUACGACUCUAAGUAACUCAAUAAACGAUUUCAACUCAGGUGGCUUUGCCGUCAACAUUCCCAGCAGCUCGCUCACCUACAGUCCCACCAACCAUGCCAAUCUCUUUAAUGUGGACGCCUUUAACUAUGGCGGCUCAAACAAGCUCAGCAAUUCCCUCUCGGCCACACAGAACGAAAGCAGUCUCUUCUUUCCGUCGCGCAUCAUAUCGCCCGGUUUUGGCGAUGGCUUGUCGAUUAGUCCUUCGGUCAGGAUAUCCGAAAUGAAUACCAUACGCGACGACAUCAACAGCAGCUCUGUGGGAAAUAGUCUGUUCGAGAAUACCUUGAAUACGGCCAAAAAUGCGUUUAGUCUUCAAUCGCUGCAAUCUCAAAACAACAGCGACCUCGGCCGCAUCACCAACGAGCUGCUCACAAAGAAUGCUCAGAUCCACAAGUUAAACGGGCGCUACGAGGACAUGGCUUGCAAGCUGAAGAUCGCCGAGCUGCAUCGCGACAAGGCCAAGCAGGAGGCACAGGAGUGGAAGGAACGCUACGACCUGGCCCAGAUUCAGCUCAACUUGCCGGCAGAGCUACGGGACUUGUCCAUACAGAAACUUAAGCAAUUGCAGUCAAAGCUGCGCACUGACUUGGAGGAGGUCGACAAAGUAUUAUAUUUAGAGAAUGCCAAGAAGUGCAUGAAGUGCGAGGAGAACAAUCGCACGGUAACUCUGGAACCAUGCAACCACUUGUCCAUCUGCAAUACUUGCGCUGGCUCGGUCACCGAGUGUCCCUACUGUCAGGUGCCGGUGAUAACCACCCACACCUAGAACAUGUUUUAUCAGCAACAGGACCACAAGUGGCCCUUUGGCUGAAAAUCGGAUACGAAAAAUGAUAACGAUGGGAUAUGGAUGGAUCGUGGGGAUCAAGAGCGCGAACAACAUGACAAUGUGAACUCACAAAGCAAACUUUAGUCAUAAGCACAACGUUUAAACUUUUGAUCGUUUAGGAGAUGCCACAUGCCAAUACACAUGUGCAUGGGGCAAAGAAUAUAUAAUUUAUAUUUCCACUCUACGCAAAUUAUGCAAAUUAUCGUCAUGAAUAUUAGCAAUUACUAGGCACAAACUAUUAAUUGAUUUAGAUAGCAGCUCUAAACAAAUAAGUGUAUGAUUUUAUUUUUGUUUUUUUUUUAAUCAAAACAACUACAGGAACAUUCGCAAAAAAAAUUUUAAAUUUUUAUUUUUUUACUAUCGUUGCAUAACCAAUUCUUUUAAUUUUUUCAGUGUCUUAGGCUUAUUUUUAAUAUCUAAACAACUGCACGAAUUUGCAAUAUUUCUCAUAUACUCUUUUUUAUCAGCAUAUUAUUUGUGUAUCUUUUAUUUGUAUUUUGAAUAUGCUUCACUUUCAGUCAUAUUGUACUUUUCACUAGUAUUACUUAAGAAAUUAAACUAAACCAUUACAAAAUGUAAUUGGUUGAAGAUAUGAUAAAUAUAAAAUAUAUUAAUUUUUCUAGACACUUUUAGCAAUUGACUAUUAACAAAUUUAUAGAAACCAACAAAUUGAACAAGUUAAUAAUCUUUAACAAUGUAUUUUCGCAUAGAAGAGCAGCAAAAAACCACAAACAAACAAAAACCACCAGUGAUUUUAUAUAAGCCGAUUUUCAAACUGUAUUUUAUAUGUAUGUGUUUCAAACUUGUGAAAACAAACGACAACUAAAAGCCAAGACAAGCGUCAUAAAAUCUAUGUAACUGACAGGUAAACAAUCUUAGUCAGUAUUUUGCUUUUAUAUUAUUUUUCCAACUGCACAGAAGUAAUUAUAGACCUUAGAAUGACUUGUAACUGAAUGCGACAACGCCGUUUUUCCUUAUAGAAGAGUUAAUUUUGUUUUGUGAAAACUAAGUUAAAUGUAUUAAGACACUUUGCUUUUAUUUUGGCUUUGGUGGGUGCACCGUCGGUAAUAAAAUGCCAAUAGCAAGCCACAAAAUUACAAACUUACGUAUAUACUCUAUUAGGUUAUUGUGUGAUUUAUAUAGUGCUUUAAGUACUUACUUUGCAGCUGACUUCAAUCUUCAGUUUACUUUCAUAGUCUCAACUGGACGCUUCCAAUGUAGUAAAAGCAAAAAGAAUCGUCAAUGUCAGAACGUAACAUAUAAGAAUACUAAAAUCAAGCAUUCGGCUCAAGGUACAAGAACGAAUAUGAAUAGAUAUAUAUUUAUGAAACAUUUGAAAGCAGAUUCGAUAAGCGUGAUGUAGAAAGCAUAAACAAUAAAAGUAACUCAAUACAGCGAAAUGAACAGAGUUUAAUGAAAAUGUUAACCAGAGUUAAUGUAAAACCGUCUUCAAAAACCAUUGUAUUUUUUUGUGCGAAAAUAAAGUUAUCAAACGUAAUCAAUUGGUAGCUGUGGUCAAUGUUGUAUGAAACUGAAACAAGUUGUUAGCUAGUUGAGUUAAAUGGAAAAAUCAUGUAAUCAAAACGGGGCUGUUUUGGGAAAGAA